AGUUGCGAUCAUAUGAGAAUGAAAUUUAUUUUGUUUACAAUUUGUAGAGUAAAACUAUCGUAGUCCGUAGAUAAAUAUUUCGGUUUCAAUCAAAAUUAACUACAUAUCUAUACCACAAAUACUACGAUUUUAGUAACAUUACAAGCACAAGAUUGCAAAAAUGAGUUCCAAAGGAAGGAAAAACCAAAAAUUUAGAAAUAGCAAACCAAAUCAUAGAAAAGAAAGAAACUUAGCGGAAACGUUAGCUGAAACAGUCAACCAUAGUAGCUCCGAUGAAGACAAUGAACAAAAUCGUUUUGAAUCUGGUAAACCUGCAACAUUUCCAGUUGCGAUGUGGGAUUUGAAUCAUUGUGAUCCAAAGAAAUGUAGUGGCAGGAAAUUAGCCAGAAUGGGAUUAAUAAGCAAUUUAAGAUUAGGACAAAAAUUUCAAGGUCUACUUCUGACACCAGUUGGAAGAAAUUGUGUUAGCCCAUUGGACCGCAACAUUAUGGAGGAAAAAGGAGUUGCAGUUGUAGAUUGUUCCUGGGCAAAAUUAAGUGAAACCCCAUUUGAGAGAAUGAGAAGUCCUCAUCCAAGACUAUUGCCGUUUUUGGUUGCCGCUAAUCCAAUUAAUUAUGGAAAGCCCUGUCAAUUGAGUUGUGUUGAAGCAAUUGCUGCUGUGAUGUAUAUAACAGGAAUGAAAGAGGAGGCACAAUUUUACAUGAGUAAAUUUUCGUGGGGGCAUUCGUUUUUAGAAUUGAAUGAAAGUUUACUCGAUAAAUACGCCAGUUGUAAAGACAGUAAAGAAAUUCUUGAAGUUCAAGACAAAUACUUGAAAGAAGCAGAAGAAGAACGACAAAUGGAACGUAAAAUAGAUUGGCCAUCAUCUUCUUCGGACGACGAAGAUUAAAAACGAAAAUCUCGAAAUAUUUCGUUUAAAAUAGUUAAUAAAAGUAUUUUAUGUUUCUAAA